CAGGGGUCUCACAAUUCACACUUUACGAAGCACAAAAAACAGGAACUCUCUUGUCGUCUCGAAAGUAGGCCGUGUUCGACGCCACCUUCCUCUUCGCCUCCCACUGCCUUCGGACGGGCGGGCAUGAAGCGAAAUGGCCACUCUGACUCGGGCCCGCGUCGGAAUCCAAUUCCCGGCUAAUAACGAUCUGCUCACACGCGUCACCGACCGCAAACUCUGCUUCAAACCCCCGACAGCCGAAGGAAAGGACCCGCAACCACGAGAGAUCUACGUUGAUUGCUUAUUCCGAGAGGAUGACACGCCUGCGAAGAUGGCCGCCUCCUUUGAGUUGGAUAAACUGGUGUCUCGAGUGCUGAACGGAUAUCGAGCAGGACUGUUCGUCGCUGCCUCCGGACGGCGGUUCUCAGCAACGCGGACGCACGUUUUUGCCGAAGCUCUGUCUAUCCUCGGAAGAAGCCUGUCGGAAGCAUCCGAUGUCAGCCUUUCGUACGCUUAUGUUGCACUGACGGACGCAAAAUGUUUGGACCUUACUGGGGAUCGUGUCAUCGACGCUCGCGGCAACAAAGCAGCACUGGAGCCUAUCUAUCGGCCUUUUUCGGACUGCCAUGAUUUGCUGAGGGUGGUUCAAGGGGGUUCCUCACUACCCUACGCUCUGAUGAUUCGAGUGGAGAAGUUUGGCGGCGCUAGAACAAUGGGAUCCCUGCUCUUAUGUGACCUCGGCCUCCCGACUUUCGACAACUCGAUAUCUGAAGAUUCAAUACGCAGACUUGGCCCGAGUCUCUCAUUAUCUUUUCGAACGUUGCAGAAAAUCAUCUUCAUGAAGUCCACCGCGGGCGUUGAAGGGCCAUUGCCGUAUCACGAAAGCAAUCUGACGUUGAUUUGCAAAGAUUACUUGGAUGGCCAUGCUGCUAUGAAAUUUGUUCUCUGUUUAGACGCGUCGGCUGAUGUGAACCAGCAAGAAAUCACAGGAGCAUUGAACUUCGCAGAAUCUCUCCGGAAGUUUCAGACUUUAGAACAGCCAACGGAAGUUGACCCUCGAAUAUCUGGAUUGGAGGCGGACCGGAAGGCUUUUGCGGACGAAGCGAAAGUAUUAGCAGCAACACUACGUGAGGCCGAGCGCGCGCAUAAGAAAGCGGCGAGGUUAUCAGCAGAGAAACAUGGACGCCUAGUUCAAGGCCUUCGCCAAGAGCUAGCACUCGCUUUGAAAGCGGCAGAGGAGCAACAUCAGAAAGACACGCAGAAGCUGGAGAACGAGCUGCAGACUGCCAGGGAAGAAAACUCAGCCGCGUUCCAAAAGGCGUCGGAUAGCUGGGCGGACGAUAAGAGGGCGAUUAUUGCGGACUUUGAUACGAAGAUGCAAGCGCUGGAAGAGAAUGUAGAGGACGAACGAAAGGUUCUUAAUUUGAAGCUUGCAAAUACCAAGCUUACGAGCGAUGCGGCCUUGAGCAAAAAUGCGUCGGAAAUGGCUGCCUUGCAGGAAUUGCUUAGGCAGGAAAAAGUCCACCUAUUGCAUCAAACGGAGCAGACGACUUUUUCGGAAGCUGCACGCUAUGCGCUAGAGAAGGAACUCGAGUUUGUGAAGGAGAACCUCGCACGCGAAGAGGAGACGAAUACCGAGUCGACGGAAACUUUGAGCGCAUUACAGGUCGCUCAUGAAGCGUUGGCGCGAGAUUUGAUUCUUGAAAAGGAGACCCGAGCUGGCUUGGAAAGUUCUCUGGCCGAGAGAGAGCAGAAAGCGGAUGAAUUGUCAACUGAGAUUCACACGGUGCAAGAGAAACUGAAUGUAACCUUGCAACAGCUGGAAGAAGUUACGGCGAAGCUUGCAGCGAUGACGGAGGCAUCGAAGGAGAUGGACGGCCAAUUUGCAGAACAGACUAUUGCCAUUCAUGAGAAACAGUCGAGCAUCGCAGUUCUGGAAGCCCGAUUUCAAGAGGCACGGGAGAUGACGGAACAGAUGAGAAACGAGCGUGAUUCCGCGCGACUUGAGAUUGCGGGAGCCACGUCGCGCGCAGCUGAGGUUGUGGAAAUCAUGCGUGACGAAAUCCGCAGCGUGAUCAGUCCGCUUGGGACCGGGAGCGGGAUCGGUUUGUGGAAGAGAUUCAGGAGCUGAAGCUCGAAGUUGCCCGCGCGAAAGUUGCGGCUGCUGCAACUAGCGAAGACACCGAAAUGAAGACUUGGCUGACAAAGCUGGAAGCCGACAACCGGAAAUUACGGGAGGAAGUUGCAGAGGUCAAAGCCCUGCGUCGUGAACGCCGUGAA